CCCCACCACCCCACCCCCCCCCCCAUUCCCCUCCUCUUCCACCGUCGCAGUCUAGCAGAGAUCGCCCACGCAAGCGCAAGCAGUUGGAUUCGGGACCUCGGCUCGGUCCGUGAGGAAGCUUUCCGGCGAGAUGGCGGAGGAGAAGAACGCGCUGCAGUCGGCGAGGGAGUGGGUCGUCGACCACAAGCUCCGGGCCGUCGGGACGCUGUGGCUGAGCGGCAUCGUGGGUUCCAUCGCCUACAACUGGUCCAGGCCGGGCAUGAAGACCAGCGUCAAGAUCAUCCAUGCCAGGUUGCAUGCUCAGGCUCUGACACUGGCUGCCUUGGCUGGGUCUGCACUGGUGGAGUACUAUGAUCAUCAGCAAGGAUCGGGAUCAAAGGUUCACCAAUAUGCAAAGCAGUACCUAUCAUCUGACGGCAGCUCACAAAAAGAGUAGGCAGUGUGGGUGAGUUAGGCGUUGGUGACAAAUUAGCAGCAGCAGCGAGACAUGAAAUGGAUCGGAUGUUAUUUUCCGAUCAAAUAAUUUGUCUGUGAAAUUCUGUGGGAACUUCUGAAAGCUUUGCCUGCUGAUGGCUGCCCACUUUUAUGUGUAAGCUACUGAACCAGCAUUUCGGAUGUUGCAAUAUGCUGAUAGCAGAUGUUCCCCUGAAUGUCUUGAAUGGAAUGCCCUUCAUUUCA